GGAUGGCAAGGGCACAAGCCAUGUGCCCCACCACAAUUGGGAUGGGGAAAGUACUCGAGAAGAAAACACUCUCAGCUUGGUAGCAGUCGACCUGGAGCGUUUCACGGACCAAAUCCUACGAUCCUCUCACCUUUUCUUUUUCCUUUCUCUCUCUAGAAACCCCAUUGGGCCUUUCUGUCUUCCUCCCUGCUCUGUUUCCUCGCUCUCUUUCACCAUUUUCUUACACGUCCUUCUGAAGAUAGUGUCGUCUGACUCGUCUCUCUCUAAGGUUCCUUUUCUCUAUUUUUACCAGUUUCACAUCUAUCUAAGAGAGAGUACUUUCUUUCUUCCCUCCCAACUGUGUUUCUCUCUCGACCAUUUUUUAUAGAGGUCUCUCUCUCUCAUUCUCUCUCUUCUAGUAGUACUGCAGUUUCUCUUUCUACUGCAUUGUGUUUCUACUACAUUCGCGUCUCUUGUACGAAGGGGAGAGAGAGAGAGGCUCCACUGGCAGUAGGCUAGCAGGACUACAACUGAGAACCCAAAAAGAGAGGGAAAAAGUUGGCUCUCUUCCCUCUCAAGAAGAGAAGAAGAAGAAGAAAAAGAAAAAAGAGGCCAUGGAUGUGCCCUCCCUCCUCCUGCUCUUCCUCCUCUCACUCUCCUCCCUCUCUGCUGACGGCAUGCUCACAAGCAACUACUACCAGAAGAGCUGCCCACGCGUAGAGGAGAUCAUCCGGAAUGUUGUCAUUCAGAAGCAGAUCACCAAUCCCACCACCGCCGGAGGCACCCUUCGCCUCUUCUUCCACGAUUGCUUCGUCCAGGGCUGCGACGCGUCCAUCCUCAUCACAUCCACCCCUUUCAACAAGGCCGAGCGCGACGCGGACAUCAACCUCUCUCUCCCCGGAGAUGGCUUCGACGCCAUCGUCCGGUCCAAGAUGGAGCUGGAGCUUACUUGCCCCGGCGUCGUCUCUUGCGCUGAUAUUCUCACCAUUGCCACCCGCGAUCUUGUCAGAUUGGUUGGAGGGCCUUACUACACGGUAAAGCUAGGCAGGAAGGAUGGCCUUAUUUCUCAAGCUUCUCGGGUACCUGGCAAUCUGCCUCUUCCAACAAUGCCGGUUACAGAGCUGGCGUCUCUCUUUUCGUCGAAGGGAUUUUCCAUUGGAGAAAUGACAGCGCUUGUUGGUGCCCACACCAUUGGCUUUUCCCAUUGCAAAGAAUUUGUUAAGAGGUUGUACAACUUCAGCCAUGGCUCAACUGUUGAUCCCUCAAUGAACCCACAGUAUGCCCAAGGACUACAGAAGGCAUGCGCAAAUUACAUCAAGAAUCCUACUAUAUCUGCGUUUAACGAUAUAAUGACCCCCAACAAGUUCGACAAUGAGUUCUACCAAAACCUUCCUAAGGGCCUCGGCUUGCUGGCUUCUGAUCAGGCGCUCUACUCGGACCCUCGAACCAGAGGAUUCGUGCGUUUAUUCGCUUCAAAUCAAACCGCGUUCUUCGAUGCCUUUGUUAAAGCAAUUGAUAAACUGAGCAUGGUGGAAGUAAAGGUUGGGAGGCAGGGAGAAAUCCGAAGAAGAUGCGAUGAAUUCAAUUCAUGAACAUGCUAUGGGCAUGACGAAAACAGGAGAUAUGGACGCUGGCUUGCGAUGGUACUAACUUUUUCAAAGGAAGAUUUAGUUAGUAGAUCUGUUUCUGUAUGGAUUGCCUUCUUCUCUCCACCUAAUGGCCAUCAGUGGUGGCGUAAGCCUGUGAUAGAGUGACAUAUACCCUGCCAUUGUUGCCUCUCCAUUCUUUUCCGAAGUCAUUUUUGGUUCUGCUAGCUGCUCAUUCGAUUCAUCUACUAUAUGUUCUUGAUGGGUGUUUCCUGGGUCCUUAGUGUUAUAUUUAAGAACUUUGAUGGUUUAGAUCGGGGCUCAAAUAUGUAAUAAAAGCAUGGCGGUUCACACAUUGCUGCUUCUGAUCUGUUACUUCAAAUUCUGUUGGUUCUGUUUCUGGUGGCUCCCAUCUCUCUCUUUCUCUUUCUCUUUCUCUUCCUUUCAAUUCAGCUGCUGUGGCUUCUAUUAAGAGUGUCGGUGGCGGUGCCUGCAUUGAGUACUUUGUGAUGCUUCUUGCUUAUGUGAAACCCGUUCACGCCUCCUCGCAUGUUAUCAGCCAGAAGGUCUUUUGUUUCUUAUCUGGCUGUAGUAGCACUUUUCCUUUUUCACUGUACCUAUUUUGCCUUCUUGUCGUAACCUACCUUGUUUUCGUCACCAUUCCUCAAAGGCUCAAAGUCCCCAUGAAUUUGCCUCUGCAUGCGGCAUGUCAGAUUUAACCAAAGGUUUGGGAGAAUGCAGUAUCAUGGGUGGGUCUAUUGGGGAUGUCACCUGUCGUCCUGUGGAAGAUUCAGUGGUGGAAUUAGGGAUCAUGGUUUCACUGGAUGGUGAAAAGCACCGAAUUCAUAUUCUGGUAUCGAGCUUGAAGAUGACGCUGGUGACAUUACAAUGGACGAAAGUUGCAUGUUUCACCAGAGGUUAUGGCUGUUCAAGCAUGAUCUACAACUUCGUUCUUUAUAGUCAUCGAUGUUUUCUCUGCUGUUUACGGUUGCUAGAUUGGUUUAUUUCUUAAUCGUAACCCUGUCGAAGGGGCGUCGCAGUCCGUGGUUUGGAGAACCCCUGAAGUAAUGGGAAGAACCCUAAUAGCCAACAGAUGGAAGCCAGGAAUACCAUUAAGGCUUGUCAAUUCCCAUAGGGUUCUUGUCUGGAUUCAGUUUCCGGACCUCCUUGUGGAGCUGCGGAAUCAAGAUGUUUUCUCGAGUGUGGCGGCUGGUUUGGUUCUUUAGUGGGUGUCAAUCCUUUCGGAAACGCUCAUGAAGGAACGAGAAACUCUAGGCUUGCAGUUGAAACUCCACUUCAUUUGAAACCUACAAACUCAUCCUUGUUACAGAGGGUCAAUGUGAACAAUUCAGAAACCUUACACCUGUCAGCUACAGUGUCAAGUUUACAAUUCAGAAGAUUAGCACCUACGAAAUUGAACUGACAACCGAACUUCACCGGCCCAUCAAUUCUCUGCUGACAGGUGGAGAGAAGUCAAGAUGGUGAAGCUCCCAAUCAGAUCAUUCCACAAAGUGAUGCCUUUAGAGGAGUUCAAGGGCCGAGGGAUGGUAACCAAUUCUUUGUAGGGAGUUCAGGAAGAAAGGGAUGAGGAUCACGGAGUGGUCGAGGAAGUGAACCCUCGAGCUAAAGGAUGGAUAUUGUGGAUGAGAUGGUUCAGGAUAAUCGUUUGGAGAGUGUGAAGUUUUGUGCAAUGGAAAUAGUUAUGAUAUCUAAGCCGAAUUCCCUGUUGCAGAAGGCAACAUGUGAAAGAACUGAACCCUUUCUUAGUAGGCGCUGAGUUCCCUCGGUGUUUGCUUUUCUUGUGCAGGACGAGUGACGGGGGGCUAAGUGCUGGAGAACUGUCAAAGAAGGUAAUGUCUGAAAAUGGCCACAGGGCAUGGCAUACCUACAGAAGGAAAACGCUUUGGUUCUUAGUUGCCAACCCUGAGAAAGAUUUCAGUUGAGAAUAUGCACCUACAAGGGAGUGAGGUCGUUUCUGUUUGCACUGAUUGAUAAUCCAGCAAUCUGCAUUGCUUUCCAUGGAUUGAUGAAGAUGGCCUUCCAUGAAGCGAUAAGGCUGCUAUCAUUGGGCUUGAUAGAUCCCAUGAUACUCAAAUUCAUUACUGUAGCUAACAUGAAUUGGAAUGUGCAUUUUUUUUUUCUAUGUGCUUCA